AAUGGAAAAUUUGUUACCGACUGCAAACCCUAUUCUUUCAACUCCGUUUGAAUUUACAAAACCUAAAUUUGAUUAUCCAGGAUAGAUUGGGUAUUUUAUAUAGUAAUUAGUCCUUUGCCUUAUUUUCAUCAUUAAUACAAGCCUCCCAAAGAUGUUCUUAACUUUGAAUGUUGUGAUAUCGACUUUUUUCAAAGAGAGUAAAGCUAGUAUAAGACAUUUCAUGAAUUGCAUAACAAUUCUGCCUUGAUUUAUUAAAGAUUCGUUAUAUAAACUCCUAAAGGAUAGAAUUUUGCAUCCCCAAAAUACUCUGGAACUCAUCUAUUUUCAAAAGGACCUAUUCAUUUUGACUCUAACUUUGAAUGUGGCAAUCUUUAUACAGUACAUAAAGUUGCCAAUAAAAAAUAUAAUUUAAUAUUGCAUAAUGAUACCUAAACCAGUGGUUGCACAAGAUGGUAUUUUUUCAGUGUUAGAACUCCUGAAAGAAUGAUGCUAUAAUUGAAUAUUAUCAAUUUGAGUAAAUAGGCAUCAUAUUUAAGUGUAAAUCCAUAUAUAUACACUGCUCGUACUGGAUGGUAUAGAGGUGGAGAUAAUGUGUAAUAUUAUAAGAACAAUUAUAAAAAAACUCAAGACACUAAUUAUUAUACUUUAUCCUUUAGUUAUUUAUUUGAAAAAGAAGAUAUAACAUACUUUUCUUUAUAUCCGCCUUAUGGAAUUACAAGUCUCUAGUAAUUCUUAAAACCUUUGUCUAAUCUGUAUUUAUUUCUAUCAUAAUUUAGAUCAUUUUUUAAAUUGAAGUCAAUAACUAUCAAUUCAGGUAAUUAAUGCCCUGUUAUAUCUAUGGGAGAUUCAUCUAAACCAUUAAUAGUUAUACUAGCUAGAUAACAUCCUUCAGAAGUGAUAUCUUCAUAUGUAGCUGAAGGAAUUAUUUAAUAUUUAGUCAAUGAAAGUGGUUAAAAUCUUAGAGAAUAAUUUUAUUUCAAAAUUUUGCCAAUGAUGAAUCCAGAUGGAGUCAUUCAUGGAAAUAGUACUACUACACUUUAGGGAAUAGAUAUCAACUAAAAAUGGCAUAAAGUUAACAAAUUAAUCCCAAGUGCUCAGCAUGUAAAAGCAAUCUUAAAAAAAGCUGAAAAUUUACAUUUAGUUUUAGAUUUACAUUAAACAUUUAAUAAGUAAAAUAUUUUUAAAGUUUUAAUUAGAUAUGGUAUAAGUUUUGUAGGUAAAUAUGAUCAAGAUCAACCUUUUAUUGCAGCUAUAUCUUAAAUAUGUUAAUAUGUUAAUUUAAAUUAAAGUAAAUUUGGAAAAUCAACUAAAAUGGAAAAAACUCUUCCAUUUGCUUUGGGGUAUUUUCAUUUUAUUUUUUAGUAAUAUUUUAAAAAUGAGUUGCCUAUUUUAAAUGAGGAUUUCUAAUUAAGAUGAGAAUGGUAAAGAUAUUUCAAUAAAAAACCUUUAAUAGAUUGGCAUUAAUAUUUGCUAAGCUAUUGAUCUAACAACCACUCCUUAACUUAUUAAGUAAUUCCCAAAAUUCCAUUAAUAAAUGGAUAUUUCAGAUUCUGAAUCAUGUCAUUCUUUUGAUGAAAAUAAUUAAAAUUAAAAAAAAAUUAUAAAGAAAAAAAUGACAACUAUAAUUACAGGAAAUGAAAAUAAUCUAUCUAUUGCAACUACUACUACUACAAAAAAGAAAUUUCUUCCAUCAAAACUUAAACCUCUAUGUGAUUUAACUUAGUAUCAAACAUCCAAUAAAAAAUCAACCUAAUCAUCCCAAUUUAAAACUAGAAUAAGAUCUUUUUCUACAAGAGCUCCUGAAUUUUAUUUAAAAAAUUGA